AUGCAGUUUGUGCAGCGGGAGAUUGUUGUGGACUAUGAUAUCUCGCAAGGAAAGGAGAAGAUACCGAUCCCUGCUGUCAAUGCAAUCGAUGAUGAGAGACCCCCACCAUUCACUUACAUUACCAAAAUGCAGUAUCCAGAUUGGUAUUACAUCUCUAUGCCUCAAGGUUGCAGUUGCACAAGUGGAUGCUCGGAUUCUGAGCAAUGCUCUUGUGCUUCUAGGAACGGAGGUGAGAUUCAAUUCAACACAAGAGGCUCUAUUAUUAGAGCAAAGCAUCUUGUUUACGAGUGUGGUCCAUCUUGCAAAUGCCCUCCUUCUUGCAAAAAUAGAGUUAGCCAACAUGGUCCACGGUACCACUUGGAGGUUUUCAAGACCGAAUCAAGAGGAUGGGGCUUGAGGUCGAGGGACUAUGUAUCAUCUGGAAGUUUUAUUUGUGAAUAUGUUGGGGAGUUACUUGAUGAAAAAGAAGCCGAAAAAAGAAUAGAUCAUGAUGAGUACUUGUUUGAUGUUGGCAACUAUGAUGAAGAAACCCCCAAAAGGAAUAAAAAGUUCGAAGUUGAGUCAAAUUCUUUUCAGAGGAAGGAUGAAGAUGGCUUUACCCUUGAUGCAGCAAGAUAUGGGAACGUUGGAAGAUUUAUCAACCAUAGCUGCUCACCAAACCUUUAUGCUCAAAAUGUCAUGUAUGACCACGGUGAUAGGAGAGUACCUCACAUAAUGUUUUUCGCUUCCAAGAGUAUUGCUCCAAUAGAGGAGCUUACUUAUGACUAUAACUACCAGAUUGAUCAGGUUUAUGAUGCAAAUGGCAAUCUGAAGAAAAAGAAUUGUAAAUGUGGUUCUCGUAAGUGCUCGGGUAGAAUGUAUUAA